UGUGAACUAACGCACCCGGUAGCCAAGGGUGUCUCAGCUUUGGGUUGUGGCAGCUAGACGGGCGAGAUGGCGGCGGAGGUGUUGCCGAGUGCGAGAUGGCUGUACUGUGGGGAGCCCGACGGUAGCCAAAGAGCUGUACUGGUCCAGUUCUCCAACGGGAAGCUGCAGAAUCCAGGCAACAUGCACUUUACCUUGUACAAGAGUAAAGACUUCACAAACCCGAGGAAGAGGAGUCAGCGGAUCUUAGCAGCUGAAACAGACAGACUUUCCUAUGUGGGGAACAAUUUUGGGACCGGAGCCCUCAAAUGCAACACUUUGUGCAGGCACUUUGUGGGAAUUUUGAACAAGACCUCUGGCCAAAUGGAAGUAUAUGAUGCUGAGUUGUUCAACAUGCAGCCACUGUUUUCAGGUGAGUCACUUGAGAGUGAGCUGCCAUCACAGAGUCAGACCAAAACCUUCAGAGAGAAGAUGGAUUCUUGCAUUGAAGCCUUUGGUACCACCAAACAGAAGCGAGCUCUGAACUCCAGGAGAAUGAAUAGAGUUGGCAAUGAAUCUUUGAAUCUUGCAGUAGCUAAAGCCGCAGAGAAUAUCAUUGAUACAAAGGGGGUGACUGCUCUGGUCAGUGACGCCAUCCAGGAUGACUUGCAAGAUGACUCGCUCUACCUUCCUCCCUGUUACACUGAUGCAGACAAGCCUGAAGACGUGUAUAAAUUUGAAGAUCUUCUUUCCCCUGUGGAGUAUGAAGCUCUUAAAAGUCCAUCGGAAGCUUUCAGGAAUGUCACAUCAGAAGAAAUACUGAAGAUGAUUGAAGAGAACAGUCACUGCUCCUUUGUCAUUGAAGCAUUAAAGUCCUUGCCAUCAAAUGAGGAGAGCCGAGACCGCCAGGCCCGAUGCAUUUGGUUCCUGGACACCCUCAUCAAAUUUCGAGCUCAGAAAGUGAUUAAGCGGAAAAGUGCCCUGGGACCUGGAGUUCCGCACAUCAUCAACACCAAACUCCUGAAGCACUUUACCUGCUUGACUUACAACAAUGGCAGUUUGCGGAACUUAAUUUCGGAUUCAAUGAAGGCAAAGAUUACCGCGUAUGUGAUCAUACUGGCCUUGCACAUAAAUGACUUCCAGAUUGACCUGACAGUGUUGCAGAGGGACUUGAAGCUCAGUGAGAAAAGGAUAAUUGAGAUAGCGAAAGCCAUGAGGCUGAAGAUCUCGAAAAGAAGGGUCCCUGUGGCAGCUGACAGGGAAGAGGAGCACAGACUGGGCACUCUGUCCAUCCCACUGCCUCCAGCCCAGACCUUGGACCACCAGUUAAAGCGGAGGAGAGUCACCUAGCUGUCUGCUUGCCACACACAGCGUUUCGGCCACAUCAUAGCUACCGCUUCUACUCAUGUCCUCUUUUAUUUUUAAAAAGAAGCCUUGCUUUGGUGCCGGUAUGAAGCCAGAAGCCUGCAUCUCAGUCAUGCUUGUCUGAAGCAGAAAUAUAAUAGAGUGAUGGCCAGAUUGGACUUCAUCUCCCUCUAGUUUUGCUGUGAUUAUAAAUGGCUUGCAUUAUUUGUGUUGGUUUACAGGUUUGGGGAUUUGGGAAGGUGGAGCCUGGGGAAUUUGGAAGUAUAAGAUCUCUCCAGUCUGAACCCUGGGCCAAUCUAAGGGAUGAAGGUUUAUAAAGAGAAAUGUGAAAUGGCAUGCUUAGAUCUGGAAGGACCAGUGGAGUACAUGGUGAGGAGGCUGUAGCCUAGCAGGCUGGAAAAGGAGGCUUUAGACUUUAUUAGUGGCUAACUGUGGGUCACCAGUGGGAUGGGGUUGCCAGAACAGGCUAAGUUAGUUUGAGGCUGCCUCAACCAGAUAGAGCCAAAUUAAAGGAAGUGCUCACUCCAGUUGCUUCGCGUGGCUCAGACCACGUGGAGGGCUGCGGUCAGCCCUGAAAGCCAUACUUUUGAGAGGUAUGAAUCAAUCAGAGUUCAGUAUAGCAAACAGAAACUUUUCUAGGUUUCUUAAUAAGAAAGGGAUUUAAUACAUGGACAAAGUGCUAUAAAAUUUUUGGAAGGCCUGGAGUUUAACCACCCAUUUCCACUGCCUUGUCUGUCAGCACAGUCCAAAGAUCAGGAAGCUGGCCUCCAUCUUGCUUCUUUCCUAUCUAAGUACAUUUGCAGGAACCUAAUUUGCAUCUAGAAUCCUAGCAGCAAGGGAAUCUUAGGUUUCAUCUAUCCAGCCUCUAAUGAUAGGAAGGCAUACUAGAAGGAGGUGGGAAUGGAUGCUGUCUGCCACUGGUGAGAUGGAGUAAUCAGUGUACAGAGAGGUGCUGUGAGGACCGGGAAUGUGGUGACAUGGAGGGACUUGGGUUCGUGGCCAGUACUUGGUCUCAGAUCUCCAAGGCUUUGCAGGUGAGGUCUUGUGCUUGGUGCUGGGGAGCCAGGGCCAGUGAAGGAAAGGAGGCUGUCUCCCUUCAGAGUUCAGCUCUCUGAAAUGGAAAAGGAGGAAGUUUACACAGCAGCUGGACCAUCCGUUAAGGUCAUGGUGGAAAUGGGUUGUGGAUGAGUGUUGGGACAGGUGGUCCCCUCAUAUUUGAGUUCUGGGAUGCUGUCAUCGGAGCCACUUCUGUGGCAAGGACACAUGUAAAGUGCGUAUCUUCCAUGCUCUCCAUUUGUCUCUGAUCCUGGAUGGUGGUCAUUUGUGGCAUUUUGUCUCCCUCCAGCAGAAGUGUGGACAGGAAAUCCAAACAACUGUUUUUUCUUUCUCUAA